AGCGGAACGGCGGCCAGUUUAACGUUAGUUAGCGCCUCUCGAAAUCGAAGGAAUAUGGUUCCCUGAAACGUAUCCGAUGCGUUUUUACAGUUUAUUUACGGUGUACGGUGGCUUCAGGUUGAGAUGUCCGCAAACAGCGUGUUUUAUGGGCUGUUUUUCGUGUGUUCAACAGUUUUUUACCAGUUCGUGUUGACUGAGAAACCGGAUGAUGAUUGCCACCAUUAUGUUUUGAGCCCACACAGUGGUCUCCUCUCCACUAAGAACUAUCCAGGCUUGUACCCCAACAACUCGUGGUGUGAGAAGAAGAUAAGUGUCUCUAGUGGCCUCAGGAUCGUCAUCAAAUUUGAAGAUCUUUCCAUUGAAGGAGAGGACUGCGAGACAGACUAUUUGAAGGUUAUAAAAGAGAUCCAUGGGAACAAAUCUGUUUACUGGCAGUAUUGUGGGGACCUCAAAGCCCACCCCAAGCUGUACUCUGCCAGCAACCACUCUCUGUACACUGACUCCAGUGAGCUCACGGUGAGCUUCCGCUCCAGUGUCCCUUCCUCAGGCCGGGGCUUCCAGCUUUCUUAUUCGGCGGUGGAAUACAAAGAACUGCUCACAUGCUCUGACAAAGGUCAUUCCUCCCUUUCAAAAUACAGGAAGUACUGUCCGGCCAGAUGUGGAGCAGCGGAGGGUGACGUAUUUGGGGAUAUUUCUCAGGGAUACUUACAGACGUCACUUUUAUGUAAAUCUGCAGUUCAUGCUGGAGUCAUCCUGGACCAGUUUGGAGGGCCAGUCAUAGUCGAGGAGCACCGGGGACUGGGGCGCUGUGGGGCUGUACGGGCUAAUGGCAUUAUGUCAAAAAUGUCAAAAGGCAACUCAUCUGAUUCAUUGUUCACGUUUUCCACAAAUGACUGUAACAGACAGACUAUUCUUCAGCCACUCUCUGCUAGCUCCUCAUGGGAGAAGAGAGGUUUUGAGGGCUCUCAGGUUGAGCGGUCCUCCAGAGACACCAACACUGUCUCCCCUACUGGCAUGUGGAGCCCUGACCCCAACGGCAAAGAGUGGCUACAGCUGGACCUUGGAGAAAAGAAGAGGAUCACAGGAAUUUUAACCAAUGGUUCAACUACUUCUGACUAUGGGAAAAGCUACAAAAUUAUGUACAAGGAGAAGAGUCGGUGGCGGACUUACACCCAGUAUAACAGCCCUGAAGAUAUGAUAUUUAAAAGGAACAUAAACAACCUCUGGCAGUCUCGCAACACCUUCCAUCCAGCCAUUACAGCACGUUACCUUCGUGUUGUCCCACAGCAGUGGCACCAGGCUGGUCUGACAGUGGAGCUGCUGGGUUGCCCUUAUGUCAGAGCCACUCCAGUGAGUACAUCAUCUCAGGUCACACAAGAAGCUCUUCCCACUGGACCCAAGCCUCCGGUGGAGGACAUUACUGAGCCUGUACCUUCCCAGGCUGAUUUAGUUAAACUGACCAUCAUUGUGGUGCCCACUGCCCUGUGUGUGGUUCUGCUGCUGCUGGGGAUCUGCCUCUGUAAGGUGCUUCACAAGAAGAAAACUAAGGAGAACACUUAUGACUCUGCGGAUCCACCACAAACAGGUUGCUGGAAGCAGGUAAAACAUCCAUCUGCCAGGCACCAGUCCACAGAGUUCACCUUCAGCUACAGCUCAGAGAAAGAUCCCCUGCCGAAAAUAGACCUGGUCACCAGUGACAUGGCUGACUAUCAGCAGCCGCUCAUGCUGGGAGUGGGUACGGUGUCUCGGAAGGGCUCUACCUUUAGACCAAUGGACACAGACUCCAAGGAAGACGUCAACGAGGCUGCCACUCACUAUGACUACCUGCACACAGCCAAUCAGUAUGCCCUCCCACUGACCAAUCAGGAGCCUGAGUACGCCACGCCCAUCAUAGAGCGACACGCCUUCCGAAAAGACGGAUUUCUGCCAGAUCCCAGCUACAGUGUUCCAGGGGUGGUGCUGAGCAAGAGCCCGUCAUUUAAGACCAAAGAAAACUGUAACUACAGAAAGGUGGGGGCGCUUUCUGGUGGUUAUCAAACGCCCCAGGUCAAACGGGACAGAGUGAACCACUCAGAGGGGGUUUACGACAGCCCUAAGAUCAGGAAACCUCUGGUUGUUCAGAACGGAGCCUGUUCAGAGUACCAGAGGCCCCAGACCAAGGCUAAAGCACAAGAGAGCUACUCGACCCCACGAGACUGUGUCCGGCUAGCCUCUACUGUCCCCUGCAGGCUGGACCCAGAGGGCAGCAGUCUGAGUGGAAUCUGAACGGACUAAAAUGCACUGUGAUCCUUACCUGCUUUAUGUGAACUCCUGUAACUUAUUUCCACGUGUGAGAGCAGCACAUUUCCUGUUUAUUUGUAUAUAUGCAGUGGGAAAGAAUAGCCGUCUCUGUGACGGUGGAAGUGUGCUCAGCAAUGGCAUGUUGUAUGCAGUGUUUUACUGUUGUGUAAAUUGGCUUUGUUGUUUGGCUUUAUGUGAUUUUACUGUUAUUUUAUUUCUUUAAGGGUGCAGGGUUUGUUGUGAUCCAAAGCUUCACCAGGAGCAGAGACAGAUGUCUUAAUGUGCGCAGAAUAAUGUGCAGAUAGAAGUGGGAGAAACUCAUACCUCCUGUAGUUUGAGACAAUUUCUAUGCAUCUCUAAUGCGACGUUGUCAUCUCCAUUUUCUUGCUGCUGUGAAUUACUGUGCUGAUUGUAAGACAGUCAGACUGCUUUCGUUUGUGGAGUAUUUCAUCAACUAGGAUUUCUCUGUUUAACUGAAUCAUUUAAGCCAAAAUUGAAGAUUGUCCAGCAGAAAGAUCCCCUGCCUUUUUUUUUUAUUGGACAUUUUCAACUUUGGGCUUGAGUUAUCUGGGUACUUUAUGUUCUGCAGAUUAGAAGAGAGGCCGUCUGAGACUGGACAGUAGUAGGAUUGGACCUAGAGAAGAUUUGGAUGUCUUCUGGGCCCUCUGCUUCAGUGGAUUGAUGGGACAAUCCUGGGUUAAACAACAGGCAGCUUAUAGACCAUGCUUCUCUCAAGAACCUCUUUACACAGCUCUUGACUACACUGUUAAAAAUGUGGGUUCUAGCAUAGAACCUUUUUGUUAUGUGAAGGUUCUUUAAAAGGGAACCUCCAGUUCACCAUUUGUUUUGGUUUUUGUCAAAAUUUCUGCGUAAUUGUCAUCAAGUUUGAGACUUGCCAAGUCAGAUAUUUUUGCAGUGGUGGUGAUCUCUCUCUCUCUCUCUCUCUC